CUCUCUCUCUCUCCCUCUCCACACACACAUAUAUAUCAUAUGUGUGUGUAUAUGACUGUGUGAACUUCGCACGUUUUUGUAUUUGAUAUUCGCUCCGUGUUAUUUCAAUUUUUUUGCCUUGGACAGAUAGAGUUGAGGAGCUGGGAGCCGAGGAGGAGCGAAAUGACCAGAAUGCCACUGAGCUUCCCGUCGAUCGACAUCGGAGGACUCUCGUCGAAUUGGUGGGACGAGAUCAACGAGUCGGUUAAAUGGCAAGAUGGGAUCUUCUACGCUCUAUGUGCCGCCUUCGCCCUUGUCUCCUCUGUUGCUUUGAUUCAAUUAAUAAGGAUUGAACUGAGAGUACCAGAAUAUGGUUGGACAACACAAAAGGUUUUCCAUCUUAUGAACUUCAUUGUAAAUGGAGUGCGUUCCGUUGUCUUUGGAUUUCACCAACAAGUGUUUCAUUUGCAUCCCAGGGUGCUUCUAUUGAUACUCCUGGAUCUUCCUGGACUUCUGUUUUUCUCAACAUUUACACUUCUUGUCCUAUUUUGGGCUGAGAUUUAUCACCAGGCAAGAAGUUUACCGACAGAUAAGCUCAGACUUUGGUACAUUUCAGUUAAUGGUGCAGUGUACUUCAUACAGGCUUGUAUUUGGGUGUACUUCUGGAUAGAUGACAACAGCACUGUGGAAUUCAUUGGGAAGAUAUUUAUUGCCGUGGUAUCGCUUAUAGCAGCAUUAGGGUUCCUGCUAUAUGGAGGAAGAUUAUUUUUCAUGCUGAGACGCUUUCCGAUUGAAUCUAAAGGGAGAAGAAAGAAACUUCACGAGGUUGGAUCUGUGACGGCCAUAUGCUUCGCGUGCUUCCUUAUAAGAUGCUUUAUGGUGGUUUUAUCUGCUUUUGAUUCUGAUGCAUCGCUUGACGUACUGAAUCAUCCAGUUCUAAAUCUGAUCUAUUAUAUGGUUGUUGAAAUCCUUCCUUCGGCGCUCGUGCUCUACAUCCUGCGCAAGUUGCCUCCUAAGAGAAUAUCAGCCCAAUAUCACCCCAUUCGAUAGCCAUGGAACAUCUUUGUCUAGGCCUUACUAUCCUUUUCACCUCAAAAGACUGGUUUUGAUGGCUCCGGCUUUAGAGAUUAGUGCAGUUGAGUAAGAGAGAAGCAGAGCCAGAAAACAAGUCCAGAUGCAUUUGUCUGGUAUGGCUCAUGAUGUCAGUGAUUCUCUUAGUAACAUGUAUGAUACAUGGAUCUCUUUAUGACGAGCCAAGGGAGUUGUGUUGACUUGAUUUUGUUCAUGGUUUCCUGGCUUGAAGAUUUAUUUAUUUGAUUAAAUUGUGUCCUGUUGCCCUAGGUCUUGUAAUUUUUAUUUGAGAGGGUGUUUGCUAGCAUCAUUCUGCAUGUAACAAUUAUUAGUGUCACUCAGUGUGCUAUGCUGUUGUCUCUUAUAAAACAAUUUUUUGCUAGUCGGAAGACUUGUACUAUUAUUUCUUCAGAUGAAUGGUU